UUUGAACCUCAGCAAGUCCUGAUUCUUGCGGUCCGCCUCGGUCCGGACAGCAUACGACGACGAAAUGGACGAUUUCAUAGAGUCACCCGAGCCAACCAAGAAGCGUCUCAGGACCUCGCAUGCAUGUGAUGUCUGCAGAUCUAGGAAGAUCAGAUGCGAUGGCAACAAGCCGUGCCACGCAUGUCUCAAUUCCAAGCAGGAAUGCUCCUACGGCUCCGAGGCUAAUACCCGGGGGAAGAGUGACCUCAUCCUUGAGGGUGUCCUCAGGGUUGAAGAGUUGCUUCAGCAGAUGAACUUGACUAUGGUGCAAUCACCCACGGUCGCAUUGCAAAGUCCAAUAUCAGCCCGCCCAUUAUCUCAAAGAAGCCUGUCAAUUGACGAGAUCCGUCCAAAUCGUCAGACGACCAACCUCGAAAAUGCAAUCCUCGAAUCGCUGCACACAUCUACCACGGAGUCGAUCCUAUCGUGGUCAUAUUUUGAUUCUUUUCCGUCGAUUCGUCAGAACUACGCUUCAAUAUUCCAGCUAGAACAGUCCAGACCAAGCCUUCUGAUGCGCUCCAACUCCAUGUACCCAUAUCUUUCCCCUGUAGACCUCGACGCCAUCCUCGAUUCAUUCCAGAGGACGGUGAACUUUUGGUAUCCCGUGCUAUCCCGGACACAGCUCGAGAACACUCGAUUAUUAGUUUCGCAAGGCCUUCUCGAAAGCACAGAUCUUGUAGCUAGCUGUUGCGCACAGCUUGUCAUGGCUCUCGGCUGUGCCGGCGAUGUAGUGGGCAGUUUAGUUCAUAGUGAGGAUACGAGUGCCAACCGCGAAGAGGUUGAGUUUCGCCGGGCACGUAAAGCGAUGGGCGAAUUGUACUUUGACGGAGCGCUGAGGGCGAUGCACAUGGUCCACUCGGAAAUGAGUUGCAUGGCAGUACAGUCACUAUUCUUCGCAGCGCUCUACUUCGCAUACUUGCGGCGUCCUCUCCAGGCGUGGAACUAUAUUCACAACACUGCAUCCAAAUGCCUGUUGCUGCUUUCAUACCCCCCAGUAAACGAACCUGACGAGAACCAGGAGUGCUUGCGACGGAUCUUCUGGGCAUGCUAUAUUUUGGAGAGUGACUACCUAGCUGAGCUAUCUGCACUACCGCAAAGUGGAAUUGCUCAGAUUGAGUCAUCCGUCUCUCUCCCAGGCAGCUACGCGACCCACGCAGACCCCGACCAGACGGAGCACGCAUCUCUCUACUUCUUGGCAUGCAUAUCCAUGCGGCGCCUACUAAACAGAGUCCAUCAACUGCUGUAUGCGCGCGACUCAGGAGCCGCUACAGACAUCUCGCGCUUCCCAGCGAUCGUCACUGAACUGGACCAUCAGCUCGACGAAUGGCGUGAUGUCUUACCACAUUCGUUCCGCUUCAAUGCACACGAUAUCCAUGAUCUGCCUUCCGAAUGUGGCGGCUUCUUGAGGCAACGCUAUCUAACAUGUAAGAGCGUCAUAUAUAGGCCAUACCUGGCCUGGCUACUCGCCAAUGGGCCUCACGAAGUGCGCGGGGUCAGCAGAGACGACAUCAUUACACGAGCCACGGUCUGCUUAGACGCAUGCACUUCGCACAUCUUGGCUCUGACGGGCUUCGCGCAUACCGUCCUCGUGGACACCUGGAUCUGUGCACUAUCUAUGGCCACGGCCAUGAUGAUCCUCCUGGCCACCGGUAGAUCCGUGCGCCAGAUCAAUCACCGGUACGAUAUCAUGGAAACGGGUCCACAUCUGAGGAAGGUAUUUCAAAGGUGGCAGGAAAAUUUAGGUGCUCCCGAGUCCCCGAGCGUGGAGCAGGCUCUGCGCAUCAUCUACGAGACUGAGAGGUUGAUGGCGAACCAAACCAAUGGUGCCAGCAUAACAGAGGAAGAGGUCGAUGUAGCUAAUUCCAUGUGUGCUCUGACGAGGCAUUGAAUUUCGAUGGGGUUUGAAUGUAAAUUGGAGUAUCUCUCAAUAAUAACGCCC